GUCUAUUAACAACAAUUGAAGAUAAUAAUAAAAGUCUUAUUUACGAACUAGAAAACCUUAAAGAACUUGUAUCUAUACAUUUUUCAAACAAUGAGAAUGUUGAGUUUUUAGCUAUAAUUGAAUUAAGUAAUAAAUUUAUUGAAGAGACAUUAUCAAAUAAAACUGACCUGAAUAAUGAUA